UAACGCUCUGGUUUUAAACCCUAACCCAACCCUCCGUCAAAUCGACGCACGCACGAGCUCACUGAACUCGUCCCGUUCGAUUGGUAAAGAGUCAUUUUAUACUAUGAAGAGAGCUAUGCCAUGGAGUGAUGAGGAGGAAGAUUCCUCAUCUGAUGAAUCAUCUUCUUCACAUUCAAACUCCGAAACUGAAGAUGGGGUUAGCAAGAGAAAGGCAAAGGAUCAAUCUAAAGCUAUCCAACCUUCCAAAGAAAAAACCUCCAAAGUUAAAUUUGGAAAGCAAAAGGCUGGAGUUGUGGACUUUGAAGAAUUGAAACGACAUGGUUAUAAAGGUGGACCAUCAGUCUUGCGUGUGCCCCCACCAAGAAGAGAAUGGGAAGACAAGAAGGAAGACUGGUCAUGGUCUACUGGCAAGGAAAGUCGUGAAACCAAAGAGACUGAAGAAUCUUAUGCAGAACGGCAGAAAACAAGGGCUGCAAUAAUCGAUGGGGAGCAGCUGGCAAGUGUGGAAAGUCGGAAAGAGAAGAACUUUUCUUUCUCUCAGAAAGAGAAGAGGAAAAGAGAGCUUGGUCAGGCUAGCAGGGGAAAGAAUUAUGUUGAAGAAGAAAAGAGGUUGUUAAGGGAGAGUGGUGUCUAUUCUGGUUUUGAUACUUGAUCCCAUGAUGCUUGUAGCCAUGAGUUUCAUUAUGUAAAAUAUGUAAAAGCUCAUUUUCAUCGGAUC